CUAGAGGUCAUAACUCACUGCAUGAAAUUUGAAUAUUGAGGUCUCCUCUAAAGUCUCAUGACUGUGUUCUCACCUGUUUGUAUUCUGAGCUGCAUGUUGAGGAAAUAAAAAUAAAAACCUUGCACCUCACAGCUUCUGAAGGGCUUUGGUUCUGACCUUGUGUUACCACAGACUUUAGCUUACCGGAUCACUACGUGUGUUUUGCUUAAUAAUGCAUUUCCAUGGUCAGACCACAUCCUUUGAGAAACACAUAUAAAGGGUCAGGGUCAGCAUCCUGAGGGGCGCAUUCAUCUCCAGAUCAAAGACUGACAUAAGACAAAAUGUUCUCUCUGAGGGGUAUCAUUGCCCUUUUCCUUAUGAUCAACUCAUGUCACAGUUCUGAAAUUAUCAAUGGGAAAGAAGUGGAGCCCCACUCGUUGCCCUACAUGGCUUUGCUGGAGACAAGCGAACCAGUCUGUGGAGGAAUAUUAAUUGAUCCAAACUGGGUUCUGACUGCUGCACACUGUGAGGGUAUUAAGACUGUGUUGCUGGGGGUGCACUCCAUUAAGGAGAAGAAGAAUGAACAGCAGUACAGGCAGAUUCUUAAGGUAUCAAGAAGUGUUCCUCAUCCUUGCUAUGAUAGCAAGGAAAAAAACAACGAUCUCAUGUUGCUCAAGCUGGACAAGGCAGUGAAGCAAACCAAAUGGGUGAGCACUUUCAAACUGAGUGAAGCUGUCAAAGAGCCAGCAGCCGGUUCAGUCUGUAAGGUGGCUGGAUGGGGACAAACCAAAAAAGAUGGAGCUACCUUGUCAGAUGUUUUGAUGUCAGCCAAUGUGACAGUGAUCGACAGAAUGAAAUGCAACUCAAAAAAAUAUUACCAACUUCAUCCAUAUAUAACUAAGAACAUGAUAUGUGCUGGAGCCAGUGGUAAAAUCAAAGGUGACACUUGUAUGGGAGAUUCAGGAGGGCCAAUACUGUGCAAUGGAGCUGUAGUCGGUGUUGCAUCUUUUGGUUACAAGUGUGGAAUCAAAAACAAACCUGGAGUGUACGCUUUCCUUACCGAAGAUCACCUUAAGUGGAUCAAAAAGACAAUGAAGACACCCGCAAAUGAAUAAAGCUUGCUCUUGAGUUGCUGUUUUACUCUUUCAGUUAUUGUUUUGCUGUCUGUCGUAAUUCAGCCUGCGUUAUGUUAGCAAAAACCUUAUGUACAAACACCAAAUGAACAAAUAAAAUGCUGAGUUUUUAUUUCUCACAGCAAGGCUUGAGCUAUUUCUGAAAACCACUUUAAACAAAUAAAGAGUAAAAUAUUUAUUUGCUUGCGCUGUACUAUCGGAUUAGCUAAUAUCUGAAUCAAUCCUUUUCUGCAGCAAAAAACGUAACUUUUUUUUUUUUUUACAAUUUCUGUUUAAGGAAGACGUGUACCCAAGUUUGUUUUCAAGUAAAUAGUUGAAGUAUCU